AAAAAGAUGGACUCUAUGUAACCCGACAACACGGAAGUAUACCACAAGUCCUAGUGUCCGUUUCGACGAAACGCUCCUCAUCACUGAUGUUCCAGAGUCAAAAAACAAACCAAACCAACAUGUUUCCACAAAACUUUGAACCGUUUCACAUUGUAUCUCGAUACUCGGACUGGAUGACGAGAUCGAAAAUCCCCUACCAAACCAAGUCAAUGCUCCUGCCAUGGCACCAAUCACGAUCAACCGUGAAAUCGGUGUCAUUGAGCCGAACAAAGACCAGGACGGCAGCGAAGAAGACGACACUGAUGACCAAAUAUCGUUCGUAACGGUCGAAGAAUUAUCUGAAAAUGGAUUGAUUGAUGACUGGGUACUGAGUCAUAGCCCGUCUGGUGUUUUUCAAGAAGCUGACCACGACGUGAAUUCUGAAGCUGGACCAAUAGAAGUCGAUGAUCAAUUGCCAGUGUCACCUGAACAUAUUCCUGCACCACCUGCCGUGAAUCCUGUCGAGCUAAUCCAAAGUCUACCUGGGGAGGAGCCACUGAUACUUGGCAGAUGGCGCGUUGGUCGAUCAAGCAGAGCACCUCAAUAUACUGCGAGGUACAAUGAGUACAAAAGAGGUCUGGCAGAUAAAGCGGAUAUGGUGCUUCUCGAUGAGUUUCGUACAAACGAAUUAGCUCUCGUUGCCGAGCCAUUUGAUCCUCAGAGUUAUGAUAAAGCAGUAGCGUCGGAUUGUCCUGAAAAGUGGAUGGCGGCAUUCAAAGAGGAAUUUGACUCUCUGGAGAAAAACAACACCUGGAAGCUAGUCGAAAAACUGCCUCCCGGAUACACUGCUAUCAACUGCAAAUGGAUUGGGAAAAUUAAACCAGGUUACGAAGGUGUGCCGGAGAGAUACAAUUGA